UUCGGGGCAGAAGAGGAAGUGGUUACUGCAUCAUUUAACUGAUUAAAAUGUACGCAAAACAAAUACACUGCACAUUAACAAAGGCAGACAAUACCAGUGGUUAAGAGAAUGGGAGUUGGUGUGGAGAUCUGUAAUUGGGAACUCAGGAUGAAGAUCCUCCUCCUCAUCUUUAACAUCUGCCUGAUCUCAGAUGGAGGAGCCUCCAAGGAAGUAACAGGAUAUUCAGGAGGUGAAGUCCUUAUCAAGUGCAAGUAUGAUACAGAUUACACACAAAAACAAAAAUAUUUCUGUAAGGGAUCAUGGCCAGGCUGUUCUGAUCUAAUAAAGACAGGAGAUAAAAACAUGUGGGUAACUUCAGGAAGAUUCUCACUGUUUGAUGACACCAAAUCAGCAGAGUUCAGGGUGAUGAUCAGAGAGAUCACUGUAGAGGACACUGGGACGUAUCAGUGUGGAGUUGAUAUAUCUUGGGGAAACGACAUUUACACACCAGUGGAACUAAAAGUAAAGGAAGGAAGCUCAGGCUCUAGAGAAGUGAGUGCAUAUGCAGGGGAAGGAGUCAACAUCAAGUGCAGAUAUGAGGAUACAUAUAAAGACAAACCAAAAUCUUUCUGUAAGAUUGGAACACAUCAGUGGUGUUUUACUCAAAUAACAACAAAACUGAACAGUGAAUGGACACAUAAUGGAAAAUUCUCAAUUCAUGACAACAGACGUGCAGGAUACUUCAGUGUGUUUAUCAGAGAACUGAUUAUGAAGGACACUGGAAAAUACUCAUGUGCUGUAAGUGUGUUUGAGGAAAUAGAGACCUACACUGUAGUAAAGCUGAAUGUUGGAGAAGAUCUGUCCUAUGAUAAGUCCAUCAAUAAGACUGUCCAAGUAGGAGGAGAUUUGAACAUCAGCUGUAAAUACCCACAAUCCCUCAAGAAUCAACACAAAUUUUUCUGCAAGGGGCUGCAACCUGCUGCUUGUGUUUAUAAAGAAUCUGUUACAGAAAGUAGAAAAGAUGUACAUUUUGGGAAAUUCUCCCUGUAUGAUGACAGAACAGAACAAAUCUUCACUGUGAGUAUUAGAAAUGUAGCUAAAACAGACUCUGGUGAAUUCUGGUGUGGAGCUGAAGCAGCCUGGACAUCUGAUCAUGGAUACAAGGUUUAUUUCACACAGAUCAACCUGACAGUUACUGAUUCAAGUGUCCCGGCUUUAACCUCGAAACAGCCUUCUCCAUUAUUAUCAUCCUCAAUAACAUCAUCAUCAACAUCAACAUUAACAUCACCACUAUCAUCAUCCUCAUCAUCACCAACAACACCAUCGUCAUCAUCAUCAUCAGCAGCAGGAUUUUCAGCUUCCACUGUGAUCACUGUGUUUGUGAUUCUGCUGCUGUUUCUGAUUGGAAUCUCAGUCCUGACUAUGAUUUUGCGAAAAAGACACCAAAUUAAAGCAACUUCUACUGCCAGAGGGUCUGUCCAAAACGCAGGAAACAACAAUGGGGUUCCCUUAGAUGACUGUAAUUAUGAGGAGAUUAAAAACAUUACGCAAUGUCCUGCCUUGGACACUGAUACUUCUACAGUUUAUUCUACUGCUCACCUCCCCACAAACCCCUCUGAUCCUUCUCAAACCGUUUAUGCCAACCAUGAUUUACCCUCAAUCCCCUGUGAUUCUGGGGUUUAUUCUAAUGCUCAACUACCCAGAAAGCCUGAGCAGGACAUCUACUCCACAGUUCAGUUACCUACAAGCCGCGAAGCUGAGAAAUCCACUCAAGGUCCGAUUUACGCAACAGUGAGUUUUCACACCAAAUCCACCAGGUCUAAUGAUGCAGUUGCAAAGAUUAGCUUUAAUAAGGUAGGAGUCUCAUGUGACUAUGAUAUGGUCAGUAAUUUACCUUCAUCUGGCUAGUUUCUCAUCAUUAGGGCUCCAAAAAUGUGAUUCUUGACCUUUUCAACAGUUUAUAUAUACAGUAUAUAUUAUUUUUUAUUCUUUCUUCCUUGUUUUUUUCCUAAUUUGGUUUUGUCCAAACCCUAACCCUUUCAUGCGACAGUAACUAACUAGUAGUAUAUCGUUUGAGACAUGUAAAGUUAAUUAACUAAAUCAUUACAAACUGCUGCAAACUCAUGCUGCAUUACUCCCAUAGAAACAUCACUAUCUGCCCUCUUCAGCAUACAUGCACUCAAAUACACUCAUGUUUAGCUAAUGUCUGUAAAAUUCUGAAUUUGGCCAAAAGUUAUGUAAUAUAAACACAUUUGUGCACUAUACUAUAGUAUAUAAUAUAGACCUUGUGGCUGAAUGAGCACAAAUCUCCAUAAAGCACACUCCAGGAUCUAGUGGAACAUCUUCCCAGAAGA